AUUUAUUUUUGAUUAGUUGUGGAGUGACUUUCGGAGCGGCUAAACAUAUCAGUUUCAGGUGUUGUACCUGUAUUAUUUGUCACUGACUAUUCAUAAGAAUAAGUUAGUUUCUUGAAAUAUUAAAGAUUUGUUGAAAUUACUCUACGAAUUAGCUGUUAUUAUUUUUGAAGAAUCCUUUGCUUAUAUCGUACCAAUGGCUUCAACAGAUCUUGACCCUCUAUUUGUGAAAGGCUUGCGAUUACUUCAUUCAAAAAAUAAAGAUUCAACUGAACAACUGAAACAGUUGUUAGAUGAAGUAAUUGCACAGACAAAACAAUCUGGACAUUCUAAAGAUAGAAUCUACACUUCAAUUAAAGUAGAAGAUAGCAAGCUUCAUAUUAAGAAAACAUCCAGGGAAGUUUCCGAAUCAUCUAAUUUUAGUUCAAAAUACUCAUCAGAAGAAAGUAGAGAAAGGAAAGCUGAAAAGAGGCAACUUGAAAAGAUGAAGCAGGAGAGUAUAGAAGUGGAAGCUAAAAUUCCUAAAUUAGAACCACCUCAAGUGUACUCAUAUUACCCUUCUAGUCCUCCUGAUCUUCCAACCUUAGACCAGUAUGUCAUUAAAAAGGAUGAAGAAUCUGACAGCAGUGAAGAGAAUGCUGAUGCAGAUGAUUUUGCCAUGGAAAUGGGUCUUGCAUGUGUAAUUUGCAAGUCACUUGAUGUCACUCAAGGCAACCAAUUAAUUGAAUGUCAGGAAUGCCACAACCUUUACCAUCAAGAAUGCCAUAAACCCCCCGCAACAGAUGAUUAUAAUGAUCCAAGGAGGGUAUGGUACUGUGCUAAGUGUGUGAAGAAUAUGAAGAAAAUGGCCACUAAGACCCAAAAGACUACUAAAUCCGGAAUGUCAAUGUCUUCCAAAGAAACAAUAUCUCAAACAAAAGGUACUCGAUCAGAAGGUUCUCCGCCUGCUGCAAUAUUGCCUUUUAAAAGAGCAGAAUUGAAGACUACUAUAUCUCAAGGAAAUAAUCAGACAACAGCAAAUAAACCUAUAGGCUUGGCAGGGUUAGCUGCAAAUUUUGGUGGCAGAACUGUAUCAUCAUCCUCAACAACUUCCCUAGCUACAGCUACCCGUGGAACAAAAGCCACCACAGCUGGAAUAAGCCAGAAGUCCCAUGUUCCUUUUUCAACAGCAACUACUUCAAAAACAUCCUCCUUUAGUAGUUCAUCAAACCUUUUGACUAAACCAACUCCAUCUAAUACUUUUCAAUCAUCAUCCACCACAUCGCAGUCUACCACUGCUUCCACCAGUCAGAAAGCUUCAACAUCUACUGCUGCAACUAAGGGGCUAGGUCUCUUGAGUGCAGCAGUUGCUGCAACUGCAAACAGAAGUACAUCUUCUGCACCAUCGGGUAAUGGGAACAGUGGUCACAAAGUUCCAAGUUGCAGCCCUCUCAUGAGUGCUGAUAAGAGAUUGCAAAUCAUGAAGAAGAAAGCAUCCAAAAUGCAAGAGAGGCGUAGAUUAUCCAAUAAAUAGUAAUAAAGAAAAGGUUUGUUAUUAUUAUUUUAUUGUGAUUUCUAGUUAAUAAAAUAUAUAGAACAUUCUAUAUGUGGAAAAAACAGUAAAUUGCUGUGGAAAAAAAAUGCAUACCAAGCUUUAAAAUUGGUUGAAAAAUGAUCUUUUCAUUUGUAUGUAAGCAAUAAAAUAAUAAAAAAAAGCUUUAAAAACUUGAUAUUGAUGGGUUUAUUUAUUUAAAUAUAUAGCUAUAAAGAAAAAAAUAGUAUCCAGAAAAUCCAUAUUGAUAAAGUGAAUUGCCAAUAUGGAUUUGCCAGUAGGGUUCCCAAUUUAAGAUACAUUUACAAAUAAUUAUAAAUGAUUUUUUCUCCCCCAACUGUUUCUAGUUUUAACUCUAUGCAGUGCAGUGAUUCAUAUUGGCAUCAUUACCAUUCUUAUUUUUAAAAUUAAUUUGAAGUAUUUUAAUAAUUAAUGGAUAAUUAAUUUUAAUAGGACCAGAAAAAGAUUAAGAGUAGGAAUAACUCGUAAUAAGCGUAGAUUUUAGGAAAGAGAUAUCUUUAUUAACAAUUUAUUAAUGAAAGAAAUAAAAAUUAAAAAAAGUUUUAUUAUUAUAGUUGUAAAUAAAGUAGUAAAUAAGUUCAGUGUUAAUCUGUAAAUAUUGUUAUUAGGAAUAAUUAGUUGAUAAUUAUAAUUCUAAUAUAGCCUAUAUUUUAAAUAAUAGGGAAAAAAAGGAAUUGGACAAUAGAAUGCAGACUUUUUCAAAAAAUAUUAAAAUAAAGACUUUAAAACAUUUUUCAUGUUUAUUCCUAACAGUUUAAUUCCAGUAAAAAAAUAAAAAUAAAUAAUGACAUGCUGC